UUAAUUGACUGUUUGUUGAUGAAAAUCUGUGGCUGGUGAAAGGUGGAACAACGUUUUUACUCCACCCUUAUCGAGUUAGUUUUCCUUGGAUAUUUCGUUUAUAGGGGGAAUUUAUUUUGAGGAAAUUCCCCUGGUUUGUUGUUUAUCAGACAGAAUGUACCCUCCCCAAGAAUCACGACCCCCACCGUACUCCGGGUACGGUGGUGAACAACAGCCGCCGAUGUACCAUCAGCAGCAUCAAGCAGGAUAUCCACCGCCGCAGCAGCAGGGCUAUCCUGGGCCCGGUGGGCCGGCUGGGGCCGCUCGGGGCCAGGGACCAAAGGCGGGCCGUGGAGGUAGACAAAGUAGAGCUGCCCCACAACAGCGGGCACAACAACAACAGCAACCUCAAAGCAGAAAACAGCAGCAAAGAAAACAGCCUCAACAGCAGCAACAACAGAGACCACCUCAACCGAAGCAGAAGGCCCAAGUUGUCAGAGCACAGAGACGGGACGAGCACUCUGAGAUCAGUCUGUGUAUCAAGUUCUCAUUAUUCUUCGCCAAUUUUGUCUUUUGGCUUGCUGGGUGUGGUUGUAUAGCAGCAGGAGUCUGGGCGUGGAGCGAUAGAGGUGUUCUUGGUGAUCUUGAUCAGCUGAUUUCCUCCCCUCUCGUUGACCCCGUCUGGUGGUUCCUGGUUAUCGGCGGGGUCAUAUUCAUCCUCGCUACCUUCGGAUGUAUCGGCGCCCUCAGGGAAAACAUCAUGCUCCUCAAAAUUUAUAGUGGGCUUCUUGGUUUGAUCCUGCUGGUGGAGAUUGGAGGAGGCGUGGCCAUCUACUUCUACAGAGCUGAGCUCGAGUCGUUAUUCGCUGACCAACUAACAGAUAUUGCGAUCACCAACUACCGAGGGAAUGAAGAUUUCCAGGAUGUGGUUGAUGCUUUACAAACGGGGCUUUUAUGCUGUGGUGUGAACAGUUACCAGGAUUGGGACAUGAACAUUUACUUCAACUGUUCCGAAAGCUACGUUGGCAACAACAAGAACUUGGAGGCGUGCGGAGUACCGUUCUCCUGCUGUACGAUUGAUCCAGCUAGUGAAGUCAUAAACACACAGUGUGGCUACAACGUACGAUCAGAAGAAUCGCUGAGUCAAAUCUCGUCAAAAAUCAAUACAGUGGGAUGUUUGUCCUCGUUCCAAAUGUGGCUUCAAACCAAUCUAGUUGUGAUUGCAAUUGCUGCCGGAGUGAUCUUGCUUAUCGAGAUUUUCGGCUUCUGCUUCUCAACGUCCCUGGUGAGUGACAUCAAACGUCAGAAGUCAAAAUGGCGGCAUUAGACCACACGAGGGCCACGGACUCAUCGGUCCCCCGCACACCCAUCCCACUUCUAGUGUCACCUCUUACACGGAAGCAGCUAAGUUUUGAAAUAAUCGCAUUAUUAACAACUAAACACAGGUCACGUAAAGUACUUUUUCUACAGUAAUUUUUAUUGUAGAUGUUUAAGGAUUAAAUUUUGUGGAAACCCCCCCCCCC